AUGAGCACCGACAAUCGGACAGGAAAGGACGAGGAACCUCCGUCGAACAGGAGCGCGAAAUCGAGACAAAUGGAGAGAGAGAAGCAUUCAGAAGAAGUGGGAUCAACGCAAACACACGACGGCGAAAACCGUCAAGAGCGCUUUGAGGACGGAGGAAAAGCAGGGGCAGACAGAAACGGAAAACCGAAAGACGACGGACAAGCUCCGGAACAGGAACCGACAGAAUACGUGAAGGAAAAUCACGAAGAGGAAAACAAAAGCCAGAGGAACGACUCAGAAGAGCUCUCCUUCGUCGCUGAUAUUUCCUACAAAUAUGGACAAGAAGCAGCUGCUCGCGGAGUAAAACUCGUCUCUUUUUGCGGAAUCGAUUCACUCCCGAGUGACUUGGCGGUGGCUCUCAUUCAGCGAGAGGCCCUGCGUCGUCGAAAAAUGCCUUGUCAUGAGAUCAAGACUGCUGUCACAGAUUGCUUUGGAGGCUUUUCUGGAAGCGCGGUGGUGGGACUAGGACAACUGUUUGAGGAAGGUGCAGUGUUUGAUCCGUUUUUCUUGGUAAAAUAUGCGGCGGCAUCCCCACCCAGUCACGUCGACUUUGCUGCCUUUACACAACCGCAAAUCUUCCUCGCCAAAUACGACGAGGACUUCGGGUACUGCGCCUACAAUGUCAUGGCUCCCAUAAACGAAAAUGUCGUGCGCUUCUCGACCGUGCUGCAAGGCAUCUAUCCGCAGGACCCCAGCCUUGCUGCGUGUGGAUUUCCGUCAUCACAAAGCUUCGGUAAAUCUGAACAGACUUCGUUGCCUUCUGUGUUUCCACCUUCUUCGUCGUCUGGCCGAUUGUCCUCCACAGUCGCAGAGGAAAAAAACAAGGCCUCGGACAGUUUUUCUUCCCCAGACCAGGAAGCUGAGCACGAGCAGAAGCACGAACGCGCGUCCUCUUCAGAUCUAGGAAAGAGCAAGACGGACGCAAUGUCUCUUGCGAAUUCUCCCGCGUCGAUAGACGAGACAGACAGUCAGCUCGAAUGUUCUGUGUGUUGGCCGUACCCUUCUUUCCUCCACUACUCUGAGUGCGUGGCUCUGAGCUACGAUAUCAUAUCGGCUUCGGUCGUCUCCCUCGUCACAUUUAUUCUCAUGUUCCUUGCAACUUUUUCCUUCACGCGAGCCGCCUUAACAGCUCUCAGGUUUUUUCCGAAGCCGGGUGAAGGUCCGCCGCGCCAGUUUCUUGACAACGGCCAUUUCGAAAUAAAAGCAAUUGGCCGCGUGCGCCCAGUGGCUUUGCUGCCUUCGCCUGAAAGCGGUGGGGAAGACUUGGAGGAAGAAGAGAUCACGGAGAUGGAAGAUGACGAUGAAGAAGGCAUUGAGAGGCGGCGCUACAACCGCCCGCACCAUCAACACAAAGAAACCGUCAUAACCGUCACAAUUGGUUCCUCGUUUGGAGACCCAGGAUACAAGCAAACCGGGAAGAUGCUCGUGGAAACGGGGCUCGCUUUAGCCCUUCAGCUUCAUGCGUGCACCAACCUAUGCGGUGUCUGUACACCUGCCUCUGGGGUCGGUGUCAUCCUUCGAGACAGACUAACGAAAGCAGGAAUGACAAUCGAAAUGAAAACAAAACAAUUCUAG